GUCCUCGUCGUCGGCGGCUGCGGCUACCUAGGAUCCAAUAUAGUCCAGCUCUUGAGCUCCCAAUCGACCUGCACCGCGAUCCAUGUCAUGAGUCGAAACCCGACGCAGAACCUCCACCCCAACGUCACCUACCACUCCGGCGACAUCGCCAACGCCCAAGAAGUCUCUUCACUCCUCUCCUCCAUCAGUCCCCGCGUGAUUAUCCACACCGCAUCCCCCAAAUACACGGCCUCCGAAACACUCCUCCGCAGUACAAACCUCACCGGCACUCGGGUGCUGCUCAAAUGCGCCGCCGCGAGCCCCAGCGUGCGCGCUUUCGUGUAUACUGGCACUGAUUCCGCGAUCGUGCAAGCGCCAGGCGUCAAGUUGACUGAGGAACUAGCGCAACUAUACACGGAAAAGAGCCCGGUCAACGCCUACGCCAAGACGAAAGCGAUAGCCGAUUGUGAGGUGCGGGCCGCCAACGCGCCGUCUACGUUGAGCACGGCCGUGAUCCGCAUCCCCGGCCUAUACGGCGAGAAUGACGAUAAUUGUAUGGGAGCACUCUUGAACACCGUGAAGAAGGGUCAGCAUAAGGUGCAGGUCGGGGAGAACAAACGGCGCUUUGAAUUCGUGUAUGUGGAGAAGGCGUGUAUGGCGCAUGUCUUGGCUGCUAAGGCGCUGCUGGCUGAAGAAGCUACGGAUUCCAAGGAUGAUGAUGCGUCGAAGAAGGGGAGGGUUGGUGGGGAGGCUUUCUUUGUCUCGGAUGGUGUAAGUUUACCUUAUUUCGACUUUGCGCGCAAAGUGUACGCGUUUGCGGGACACCCGGUCGCGGAGAAUGAGAUCAAGGUUAUGCCGCAUUGGCUGGUGCUAGGCUUUGCGGUUCUGGGCGAAUGGUUGUAUUGGGUUUUUACAUUCGGUACGAAAACUCCGGAGGUUAGGAAGCUGGGCAUUCAGUAUUUGGCUGGUGGGUGUGAGUGGGAUAUCAGCAAGGCGAAGGAGAGAUUGGGAUAUGAGCCGGUGGCUGAUCAGGAUGCGGUGUUGAAGAGGGUUGCGGAG